GAAUUACACGAGGAGGAAACAGACGGUGGCACAUGGCGGCUGUGAUGAGUGACGAGUGGAUGUGUGUUCUCUCCACGCCGGUGAACAUGAGGGGAGAUUCAAGCAUGUCUUGGUCUUCAGUGUCACUUCCAAGGCUCGAUCGAAUGGUGUGGCGGUUACAGCAGUUAGGAGGAUGAAGAUUGUCACAUGAUCCAUUUCCCCUCUCUAGCACUGUAAAAGGUUCAAAGCCCAUUUCCUUUGCCGCCUGACUCAGACACAGUAUCUUUGCUUCCAUCUACAACUGACGCUCACAUGCCUCCCAGCCUCCGUCUCCUUCUGUUGUCUCCAGGUACUCAGUGAUCCUUCCUCUACAAUCAUGGCUGUGAAUUCCAGCAGCAACAAACUGGACAACGACACGCUACUCAUGCUCCAGGAUGUAAACACCAGCAUCAUUAUUUCUGUCGUCUACAUGAUCGUCACCGCCAUCAACCUGGCGGGAAACGGGCUGUCCAUGUGGCUCCUCCUCUUUCGUACCUCGCCAAAGACUCCCUCCAUCAUCUUCAUGAUUAAUCUGACGUUAACCGACUUGGCUCUGGGCAUCGCCCUGCCUUUUCAGGUUUCCUACCAACUCCAAGGGUAUCACUGGACUCUGGGACCAGGCUGGUGCAGAUUCUUGACGCUGGUUUUCUACACCAAUAUGUACUGCUCCAUUCUGACCAUGAUGGCCAUCAGUAUCGACCGCUACCUGGGCAUUGUGAGACCAAUGAGCUUCAGACAGUCCACCAAGAGGAAGUCCAUCGCUUUCGUCAGCUGCUUCCUGAUGUGGGGUUUAGUGCUCAGCGUAUUGUACCCUCUGAUGACCACAGACCUGACCUAUCACGUUCCUGAACUUGGGAUCACCACAUGUUUUGAUGUACUGAAGAAAGACAUGCUCCCCUCCACGCUGGCCUGGGCGGCCUUCCUCCUCACCAUGGUGUUUGUGCUCUUUCUCUUCCCCUUCUGUGUCACGACGUUCUGCUACGUCAACGUCAUACGCAAGCUGGCGAGCGACUCCAAGACAGCCCAGAAAGAGAAGGCUAUUCGUCUGGCCUUUGUCGUCCUCCUGGUAUUCACGCUCUGCUUUGCACCCAACAACAUCCUCCUGUUUGUUCACUCUGUGUUGAGACUCUUCUGGGGGCAGUCUGUCUACACGGCCUACAAGCUGUCGCUCUGUUUGAGCUGCCUGAACAGCUGCCUCGAUCCAUUUAUUUACUACUUUGCUUCGAGAGAUUUCCGGCAAAAGUUGAGAGCGAUAAUGAAUCUGCAGAGCAUGAGUAGUGCUGACUCAGUGAAGUUGGAGCAGAAAGAAAGUAUGUACUCCACACACUUAGUUCCAGAAGGCCAGAGCACAGAAAGGUCUCUCUGAUACCACGGCAGCCACAGAUGACAGAUAAGACAAAAGGAUGUGACAACGGAAAUGUGAAAGGGAGUCAAACAAUGUGGUAACAGUUGACCGGAGUUUGAAUGCUGCUUUCAACAUCGUGUCUUAGAGACAAUUUCAAAAUCAGUGUCAUGGGUUUUUUUCAUGUGUGGCAGCUGAACUCACUCAAAUCUGAGCUCACUAUAGUUAAUAAUGAAAUGCCACGCACUGUGUACGGUAUAUAUUUUUAUAUUUUGCUCAAGAGCUCACACUGUUUAUUUUUAGAGAAAAUAUGUAUCAUUUAGAACUGUAAAUAAAAUGUGAAUAAAGCAUAUGUACCGUUGUAUUCCUCUUAAAGACUGCUGGUGUUACCGUUAUCAUCCUCCUGUUUGCUCACUCUGUGUGCUCUCCGUCUCUUUCCUUUUAUUUUCUUUAUAAACGUUCAUACUAUUGCAAAUAUUGGGACUUCCUGUUUUUCAGAAUGUUUAUAUUUAUUUAUAUUUCUCUUCUAUCCUGUUGCUGUUUGUUUCUAUUUUUUCCUUCAUGUAGAGAGUGAAGAAAGCCAGAGCCAUUGCCAUUAAAGCUGUUUCUGAUUCUGAUUCUGAUUCUGAUUCGGAACAUCAGGUAUCAGUAUCGAUGUAUAUAUCCCUGCACCGUCAUUGUUAUGCAAUGUAUGUUUUAUUUUUGUUGUGACAUUGCAAAAAAAAA